GCUUGUCAUAUAUCUAUCUAUAUCUAUAGUAUUCUCUAGAACUAAGUUUUCAAGUUACCUAGGUGUUAUUAAUUAAUAACAUGGGUGCAGUGGGAAGAGGCAGUGCAAUAAUGGUGGCACUUGUAUUGUGCUUCAUGGUGGUCGAGAUGGCUGAUGCUGCCACGUACACCGUUGGAGAUGCAGCUGGUUGGACCUUCAAUACCGUCGGCUGGCCCAGAGGAAAGCGCUUUAGAGCCGGCGACACUCUUGUAUUCAGUUACAACCCAAGAGCACACAAUGUGGUGGCAGUGAACAGAGGAGGGUAUGAUAGCUGCAGGACACCGCGAGGAGCCAAAGUGUACAGAUCGGGGAAAGAUCAGAUCAGGCUUGUUAGGGGACAGAACUACUUCAUCUGCAACUUUCCCGGCCACUGCGAGUCCGGCAUGAAAAUCGCCGUCAACGCUGCCUAAUCCUUCCAUCCUCCUCAUUCUGAUCUUUGCACCUUCUUCUAUCCUUUAAUUUUACACUGCAUCACUUAUAAUAUAUAUGUAGCAACUCGGUUAAGUUGUAAGAAAUAAAAGGGUGUAGGUUCCAUAUCGUAUGUAAUAUGGUUCACUGAUCUAUACUAUAUAUAUGGAUCUAGUAAUAUAAUAAAUGUUGCUAUUAUA